UGUAUUGACCACUAUCAUUACUCAUUUGUAUACGUAUUUAUUGUGCUGUGUACAGUUGUAAUCUACCAUCCGAAGGCUGAUCACGAUUAGAAUUAUAUUCAGCCUCAGUUUCAGAUUUUAUCUUCAUCAUGUCUCAAAAAAAAUCGAAUCAAAAUGAAGAUUUUAAGCCACUGAUACAGAAAGCAAUUCACCAUCAGGAUACUCAGCGAGUAGCAAAUCUCAUCAAAAAAGCCUUGAGAAACAAGAUUGACAUAGACCUUACAGAAGAAUUAGGACAAGCUGUUGCAUUAGGUAAUAAACAUCUCGUUGAAUUAAUUUAUCCUUUCUCUAGAGAAAUUCCUAGAUUAGUACCGAAAAUAGCAAUAUUGAAAAAAGGUCAGAAAUACAUAAAUUGUUUACAAUUUUUACUGGAUAAUGGAUUUACUAUCAAACCAAGAGAUCCAGAUUUGAAAGUUUAUAUGCAUACACUCAUAAGUGAACAAUGCGACAAUGUUUUUAUUAAAUUGAUGAAUCAUGAUAUUGAUGUGAAUCUAGUAGACGAUCGGACUGGCUAUUUUCUAAUACAUACAGCUUGUAUAGCAAAUCGAAUGAAAAUAGUGAAAUAUUUAAUUCAACGAAAUGCUGAUGUGAAUGCAAAAACUACAAGUAGUGAUGGAUCAAUACGUCAAUCUAAACAAUUAGAAGGAAAAACAGCUCUUUAUUUUGCUAUUGAAGCAUGCAAUAUUCCAAUGAUUAAAUUUUUGUUAAAACAUGGUGCUGAUCCUAAUGCCAGUUGUGAUAUAUUAGCAGGUGCUGUUGUGAGACAAAACAAAGAAAUAAUUAGAAUACUUUUGGACAAUGGUGCUGAUGUACAUUUAACCAGUGAAGAAUAUUUAACACCAUUACAUUAUUGUGUAUCAGAUCUGAUACCCAAUUUUUCUGAUACUGCCAGAAGUGAAAUUAUCAAAAUGUUUUUGGAAAAAAAAGCUGAUGUUAAUGCUGAAACACUGGAUGGUAGAACUCCACUUCGAGAAGCUACUAGGAAUGGAUAUGCGAAAGUCAUAAAAGUUCUUAUGGAAUAUGGUGCAAAUCUUGAUACCCCUAAUGGUAACAAUUUUAACUAUAGUUUUAAUAUACACUAAUUUAAUUUAUUUGUCAAUCGUUCAUAAAUUAAUGAAUAAUUAGAUUUUCUAUUGAUGUAGAAAUUUUUAGAGUUAUUCAUAUGUCUUGAAUUAUGAUAAUAAUGAAAUUGUAAAUUGAUGUCGAAUGUUUUUAUCUAUCAACUAAUUAUGUCAUUUUAAUAUUUUAUACGUAUGAUCGAAUGUUCAGAAAUAAUUUUUUACAAUACUGGAUCUUACAAUUUUAUAAA